UCCUAACCUAACAAUCAGCUGUUAUCUGUGGCCGUAACGAAGUAAACAAUAACAAACAGCAAUGUCUCGAAAAAGUCCAAUUUGUGUGACCAUUCACGAGUACAACAGAAUUUUAUCCGUUGCUUUCCAAGCAGACGUCGAAAGUUUGUUGACAGAAUUCGAGAAGAGCAAGUCUUUGGAAUUCCAAGUUUUUUCCAACGUUUGGAAAAAGAUGAUGUUCUCCUAUGUCUUCUCAGAACAGCAAUAUUACACUUUUGUCAAAAAUUUCAUGGAGAAUGCAUUUCUUGUGAUUAAAAAAUUCAUCAUGUUCCCCAGAAACAUAUACACGGAGGUUGGAGCGUUAUAUCUGUUGUACGGAAUGUAUUUUAAGCAGACUGUCAAGGAAUGGAUCAAGAUAAGGGUUACAUUGGAAGAAUAUGAAAAAAUUCAAGAUUUAAUAGAAAGGCUGAAGUCACUGUACGAGUUAGAACCUCUUUUUGUUUACAACAAGUUGAAGAAAGUAGAUGCAUUUGAGUAUGUGUUCCAACGGAGGAUAAUAGCCCCGGAGUUACAUUACUUAAAAAGUUGCACAGACUUUGUUGACGAUACCUUUCAAUCGUUGAACCAUAAGAGUGUUAAGGAGCAAUUGGGAAAUAUCUUGAAUGAAGGAAAUUUCUUGAAGAACUUCGAGAAAACUACAGAAAAUUAUCGGCAAGCUCUCGAACAUAUUGCAGAUGAAAAUCCUGGUCUUGGCAUGUUCAAAUCAACACUGAUUCAAGAUUUGCACUCCUUGUUAGACAGCGAAACAUUGUCCAGUUCGGAUAGUGAAUGAGAGGUGGAGUCCAAGAGAAGGAUUCAACAAAUUAACAGGUUUGAAGGCAAGAUUGAUCAGAAUGAGCUGCUCUUACCUACAAAUUUCCAGAGAUGAUCAGGGGAAAGAGUAUUGAAGAUUUUUUCUUCUGUUAUUAUAAGAAAAAUGCGAUCAAUUUAUUUGGAGAUGUAUAGAUACUGAAUAUAUUAAAUUUUUUAUAAUAAAGACAAGUCUUUUCUUGUUAUCAGUU